AUGCCGGAAUACACCCUGAAGUUCUCCUCUUCUGCGGUUGCGGACACAGCCGCGUUCAAGUUGCUAGAGCUGCCACCCGACCUGAGCAAGCUGGUCGAGUCGAAUCCCGAUGAAUCCUCGAGCUGGUCAAUCAAGGGGAACCCUGACGAAGAUGCUGUGCUCUGUACCGCAAACAAGACCUACACCAUUCGCUCUAUAGUUCUCUCAAACUCCGUCAUCGUGGCAACAGCAGGGGUCGGGGAAGACACAUCUACCGAUGAGACUCCCCACUCUACCUCUGUCGAGGUGCGAGAUCAGCUUAAUGAGAUCCUUGAGCUGGUGCCGUCGGUCCCGAGGCUUCACAAGCUGGACGUUCUGUUACGAGGGAAAGAGUACGACGAAGGGCAGGAGGGGGAUGGUGAUAUGUAUAUGGACGAAUCUGAGGUAGGUAAGCGUAAGUUCACGUAUGAGAAGGCAAGAGCGAUGUUACAAGCGAGCGACGCGGAGCUCGACCAGGGCCUCAAGAAGAGACGUGUUCUCAUUCUCAACGGCGAACUCCGCCCCAUCUCUCCGACCUACCUGAACGCCAUACUCGAGCUUUUACUCACCCAUCUCGUCUCAUUAUCGCUCCCGCAUGAUUCUGCGUCAAUGGAUGCGCUAUGCUGCGCACUUCAGGACGGUUACGACGUCCGGAAAGACGUCUGUAAACAGGUGAUGGCCUGGUUCGGCAACAUCAUCGACGGCGAGUGGUGCAUGGACAAAACUGCCGUUGUGCGAGAGAUCGGUCUCGGCUUGCUGAGGCCUUACAGGGAAGAGUCGAUACCACUGGAUGAAUUCCUCACAAAGUGGCGUAAAAGCGUUGGCGACACCUUCGAGUCUGAGGUGUCCGUCGACCUCCUCUCCGGCAACUACCUCACACAAACAGACGUGCUCAAGGAGCCGCCUAUCGUGGUCCUCACGUACUUCCCGUCCUCCCAGCUCCCCAUCGACCCCGCGGCGCGCUUCACAGAUCUCUUCCUUACACGGCCGCGCUGGAAGGCUGACGAAAUUUCUCCGUUCCUCGCAGACAUCGUCGUGGAUGCCAAGGAACGGGACAAGUUCCUGCUGAAGUAUACGCGUGCGAUCACAGAUGCGGAGGGGAUAUGGUACACUGCACGGGCGAAGUACAACGGGUAA